AUCGCCCGCUACCAAUCUGUGGCUAGGAUUCCACUUGGCUCUUUCCUCUAGCUUCCCCAAAUCCCCAGAUUCACGGGUCUUGCCAAUUUCGGUUGCGCAAUCACUGGGAAGUUUGCAUAUUCCGCCUCCGUAAUCACCCCGGCCCUGCUUCUCAUAGAGAUAUCUCAACGCUCCGAGCGUGUCCUCGUCACCGUCCUCGAUCAAUUUGCUCUUUAGGUCGUCCAGGCACUUUCUGGCUUUCUCCCCUUCGUUUUCAAGGUUCGCUCUAUAGGUAUGGAGAGCCACGGCGGUAUUAAGGUUGCAAAGCUCUUCCAUGAGCAGGGCGGUUACCGUAAUGGUUGUGCUAUGGGUUUUCCCUGAGGUGUUGCAAAUAUUGAUGAGUUUUAUAUAGGCUUCUUUGAUUUCGGUAAUGUUUCCCCGCUUCUCUACCCGCUGGAGAUUUUUGAUCUUUCGAUGUGUCUCGUUGACGACGUAUGACACCCCGGGCAGUUUGUCGGCUUCGGAAAAAGGUGGGAUUAUGAGUGCAUAAGCCUCCUGAUGAUUGCUGGUUACUCCGGACUCGGUUAUGAUCUCGGCGAGUUCUCGGAAGAAAGCAUUUUCGAGCUUGAAAUUGAACUGUUCGCUAGGCUCGCUUUCAUGAAUGCCGGAGGGGUUUGCAGUUCUGGACUCGGUUUUGCCGGUGAUGGACCGAACAACGCCCGCGAUUUCCCACAUGAAAGAAGAUAAUAUCUCUUGAGCACACAUUCGCCGAAGAGGACCCUCAGAUGCGAAAACAAGCGAUUCCUUGCCACUAGGCUUGGUACCCACGAUGCGAUGGGAGGCAACAGAUGUCGAGCCCUCGGUAGUGCUGCGCUUUAUUUGUGCAGUUUUGGAGCGUUCUCUCGUCUUGAGAGCUAUCGUCUGGCCGGACUUUUUUGCAUUCUCCAGCUCGCGGGUGUCCACCACCACAAACCUUCCUCCUCGAUCCAUCCACCACUCGCAAUCGCGAAUGAGGAGGGGAUUCGAGGAUCCAAGUACCCGUAAAACCGUCGGGGUUCCACGCCCAUGAUCCGAAGAUGACCUGUCCUUAUCGGGAGUGUCCUCCGGGGCCUGCUCGUAAUUACUCAUUCCAUAGCUCCACAAUGAGAUAAUAGCGCAAAGCUCGGAUGAAGAAACAUCCCAUGGGAGCCAAUUUCCCCCAUCCUUACUCCUUGUUGCAGUUACAUCUAUCGGCUCAAUCCCCUGUCCAGCCUCGACCUGAAGGGUCCACCGAAAAACCUCGGAACCCACGAAGCUCUCCUCGAAAAUGAUAGCGUGUGAGGUCACGAAACAUGUCAGCAGGGAUCGAAGGCAUUUAGUGAGCUCUAGUGCAAAAGAGUGAGAGAGCCCUUUCCAUUUCGUAAGGCGUCCGAGUUCCUCCCGCGUUUUUAGUAUUGUUUCGGCCAUGGGUUCACCAGUCCCUUUUUGAUAAUCUUUUUCUUUGCCAUAUCUCCGCAUAGUUAACACUUCCCAACCAGGAUCGCCAUCCCCAUCGUCACCCCCAUCCGGGCCAUCGUGUUUGCCAUGAAGUUCCCCGGAUUCCCAGAGAUUCUCCGGGGAUGUCCCAAACUUUACUGCAAGCCAAUCGAUUUCAUAAUCUGUCGGCACGAUUCUAGCCCCAGGCCGCGCAGACAUAUUUCGACGAAUCCAAGUUCUCGCAGCAGUCAUCGCUAAAGUUACACCCAACUGUGUAACGGGCGCUGACCAGUGCAGAGCACGAAUUCCGACAAACUGGGUUACAAAGCCAACAAUACUGAUAAAUGACCCCGCAAUGGUCAGAUUCUGGAAGGAGAGAGACGCAGUCAAAGUAUGCUUUGUAGAACUUGAGUUCUCUAAGGAAGAUGUGUAUUUUAUGUGGCGGGAAGUGGUGAGUGUCCUACGUUCCCCUUCACCGAAGAUGGCAUAUGACCCGAAAAGCUGAUCGUUAACAGUUGAGCUCUUUUGCAGCCAUAGAAUCUUAAAGUUUUUAUCAGCUACCCAGGUGGUUUCUAUAGAUGAGGCUUGCACUACAUGCGAACAUGCCAUCAUCCCUAGCACUAACAGAAGAGUCCCAGAUGCCAUAAGGGGGUAGGCAUAUUCCGAAUUUUCCUUCUCCUUCAAUCUAAGCCCGGGGUGAUAAUGUACGACCCCAAUGAAGACUAGGGAGCCAGACUGAAGCGCAACGCCCAGAAGAGCGAAUAACCAUAGUUCCCACUGUCUCUUGAUUUCACAGAAGUUUAAUGAUAUGUUUGGGGCACUAGCGGAGGUGGUGAGCCUUGAUGUGUUCCGAGGAUUUCUUCCCCACCGGCCCCCCGCGGUACUUUCGGUAUCUGUCCGCGCCGGACGGGGUUUGGCUGAGGAGCCCUGUAAGGAAAUCCGCGAAAAGAUCCUCGAGAAAAAAUUCUCCUCCCUUG